AUGGAAUCUAGUUUAUUGCAAAAAACUACUCAUCAAAUUCAAUAUAAUAUUUCAUCAUCGGAAUUGUAUUUGAAAGAGAUGGAUUCAACAAGUGAUAUGGCACAAUAUUUAUUGAGAAUUUACACACCAAAACAACAUCGUCCAGGUGGAUAUCCAGUAUUAGUUUAUACUCAUGGUGGUGGAUGGGUUUUAAAUCAUAUUGACGUUUAUGAUUCAUUCUGUAGAAAAAUGUCAGAGAAGGGAUUUGUAGUUGUCAGUGUUGGAUAUAGAAAAGCUCCAGAAAAUGUUUUCCCAGCUUGUUUGAAUGAUUUAUUGAAUGCAUUGACUUGGGUUGGAAAGAAUUUGAGGGAUGAAAAGUAUAAUGCCAAUCUUAAUCAACUCACUGUUUCUGGUGACUCUGCUGGUGGUCAUAUUACUUCACAUGCCCUUGUUAGGUUAUUGAUGGCAGAUCAGGAAAUUGUCAAGAAGGAACAAAUUCCAAAAAUUCAUCAACAAGCUCUCUUCUAUCCAGCUCUUCACUAUUAUCCUGCUAAUAGAACCAAGUUUGAAUCUUACAAAUUAUUUGGAGAUUUUGGAUUUGUUUUGGAUAGUCCAGUUCUUGAGAAGUUUUGGAGAUAUCUUCUUGGAACCCAAGUUUCAGAUGAAGAAGCUGCUGCCAAUCCAUACUUUUCAGUUAUGAGUGCAUUGGAUACUCGUGAUCCUGAUGCUAGAGCUAAGGUUUACUCAAAGCUUCCUGGAGGUUUCGUCAUUACUGCUGAAUAUGACAUUUUGAGAGAUGAAGCUGCUGAAUUUGCUCGUGUUGUUACUGAAGCUUCUAAUGGUACAUCUACACUCAAACAUUUCAGAACUCCAAAGGUUGUCCACGGUUUUGCUCAAUUCCCAAGUGAUGACAUGGCCAACAAUUUUGCUGCCCUUAUCAAAUCAUUCUUUGUUUCUUCAACUCCAUCCACAACAACUGAACAACAAACAACUACCCAACAAUCAUAA